GUUGAUGAUGAUGUUAAGAUGAUAUUUUGUGCCAGGAGAGGUAACAGCCAUAUACAAAAGUGAAACCAGGCGUGGGGAAAUGGCUUGUAAUCAGGCACAAAAGUAUACUACACUGGCCACCAAUGCAGCUGUCAAGGGGCCUCGCCAUGAUGCAAUGAACGGGCGACAUGGAAGUUGCGUGGAAAGUCGCGUCGGUCUUUGAAGCUGUGAAAAAGUCGCCGAUAGUUUCAAUUUAGAAGGCAAGUAUUCAUGAUCUGGUAUUUUGGGUCUCGCACUACCCACGAUACGAUGCAGCAGAACUUGAAAUGAAUACAACAUUGACAUGAUUUGAGCUGAGCUAAGUUACUAAAAAUGUAGUUUGCCCCCCUCCCUCAUUUGAAGGCGGACAAAAUCUUAUUAUUUAUCUGUCGGAUAACAUUUAAACGGAAGUUUGCUGGCAAUGUUACAAAGACUACAAAUAAUGGCUACCUCGGAUACAUCAGGAGUGAAUGGUGCCCACCAGCAGGGAUGUAGCUAUUCACAAACCUGUGAUAUCAGGAUCUGCAUUGACGGAGAAAAUUUCCCUGCCAACAAGGCGGUUCUCGAGGAAAAGAGUGACUACUUUCGAGCCAUGUUUUCGUCAGGAAUGAAAGAGAGCAUGGAAGAGGUCAUCAACUUACAGUCUAUACCCCCAAACGUGUUCAAACCCCUUCUUGACUACAUGCACACGGACAUUCUUGAAAUACCACAAGACUGCUUCCUCGACAUGCUGGACACUGUGAGCUUCCUUCAGAUAGUUCUUCCAGAGAAAUUCAUCAGGGCAAACAUCAACAUGAAAAACUGGCACACGAUUUUGUCCACAGCGCAGGCAUAUGCCAUAACGAAUGUCCAAGAUGUCCUUUAUGGCUACCUUAGUGAUAACCUUGCAGAAGUCAUGACAGAAGAAUCCUUCCAGAGACUGACUAAAGAGCAGAAGAACUACAUCUGGGAGUUGAGACACAAGCAGAGGUGUUCUGUCGUUGUGUUAGGGGCACACGAAGAGAACGCCAGCAAAACUCGACCUGUCUACUACUACAGUGAAAGUGAAGACAAGUGGGUGUCAUUCACAUCACUUCCUGACAAGGGGAGCUCCGUUUCCUGCGGAGUGGCAGUCAUGGACAACUACCUAUAUGUUGUGGGCGGCUUUGUAGACUUUAAAUGCAGGGACCUACAGAGGAAGAACUUCCGCUACAACCCCAUGACCGACACUUGGACAGAGAUAGCACCUAUGUUACAGGGACGGGCAGAUUUUGGACUGGUAGCAUUAGAUGACCACCUGUAUGCCAUAGGUGGACGACAACAUUAUUUCUCUGCAUUACCCUCAGUAGAAAAGUACAACCCUGUUGCUGAUGAGUGGGGAUAUAUAACACCACUGCCUAAAGGUUCACGACGCCAUGCUGUUACCACAUGUGGGGGAGCUAUCUACAUCAGUGGUGGUUUCCCACAUUACACUGACCAGAUGCUAAGUUACACCCCCGCCGCUGAUGAGUGGGAAUUCGUGACACUCCUACCGACUCGGCGCUCCGAUCACGGGAUGGUGUCUGCUCGCGGGGUCAUAUACGUCAUGGGUGGGUACCGCAGCGAGGUGGACUGUUUCGUCGUCUCUUCAGGGCAGUGGUUUCACAUUCGGCCGACCAAUAAGCUGGAGUACCUGAACAAGUUUGCUACAGUGUGUAAUGACUGUAUCUACUUUGUGUGUAAGAAGUUUACCCAGUGUUAUGAUAUAGAGGAUGACCACUGGGAUGAACUGGGACUGAAGAGGUGCCCAGGAGGCCCUACUAAAAAUGCUGUGACCCUGAGACUGCCCUCACAUGUCACACAAGGGACCAAGUAAGCAGAAAGGUGAAGCACAUCUGUUGCAUGAACCUGUAUAGUGAUGGCUGAUAUUAUAAAUAUCCAAGACUUCUGACAAACUAUUUAUUGAAACUUUAAUCUCCAAGCAGAUGUUUAGGUAAAAAUUGUGGUGACCCAUGCCUGUCAGAGAAGACCAGUCAUCAGAAAACUUUGUUUCAUCCCAAUAUCUGCUUGGAGAUUGUUUCAUCAGGUGUCAAGUAGAUGAUGCUCUGGUGAAUCAAUGCCAUAUCAGUGAAUGGUCUCCCUCUCCCAUGUAUGUGCCAAUGAACAUGAAGCUGAUUAAAGUUGCCAUUUUAUGUGAUGCAUAAUCAGUGUGGAAUGGGCAAACUACCAUCAGUAUUAUUGAGAUGAAUUUAUCACACAUUAAAGUAGUAAGAGUAUCUUUCUGUUGCUAAGGUGUUGCGUGGCUUUUGCAUUAGUAAAGUGCUUGAUUCAA